AAAGUGAAAACAUUUAACCUAGAAUCUGUUGGUUUUUGAUUUUUUUCCAUGUAUUUUCAUAUUAUUAUUAUAUUAUCUUUAUACCUACCUUCUACCUUGUAUUUUCUAGAAGGUUGAUUCUAUAGUAACUUCAUUUACGGACAGUUCUUCCAAGGAAGAUGGCAAGUUGUAGUGGAUAUAAUGGCCUCAAAAGUGAUGAUGGAGAAAUGUCUUUUUAUAGAAAAGAUGCUCUUUCUGUAGUAACAUUCAAAAUUGUUUACAAUCAAGAAGCAUACAAGAAGAAACAUUUCCUGGAAUUCAAACCAACUAUGGCUCACCAGAUUUUUGGGGAGAGUGAAAGUGUAUUUGGAUACAGAUCUUUAUCCAUAGCCUUGUAUUUCCUUCACAACUCUUGCAAUUGCUAUGUUGAUGUUAAAUCUUCUGGCAGAAUAAGCAGUUUAUAUAAAGCUGAUAAUAUAAUGGAGAAUAUGAAUUCUUGGCUUCCUGAAAAUUUCACCACUGAUGAGAGAAAAUUCUUGGAACUGCUGGAUAAAGAAAAACAUGACUUAGUUUUUGGAAGUAUACUGGCUGAAUUCAAAGAUACUAAAACAAACCAACUAUUCAGAGAAAAACAAGUACAUGCCACCUACAAGAUUACAUUGUGUGAUGUUAAUGAUGAAAGCUUUAAGGAUUUCCAUAGAAGAUUUGAAACAUUUAUUGUAUGGUACAUUGAUGGUGCCAACUUCAUUGAUUUAGAAGAUGAAAGAUGGCUCAUCUUCUAUGUAUAUGAAGAAAUCAUAGAUCCAGAAACAAAAAGGUCUUACAUUACUCCAGUAGGAUUUUGCAGUGUUUAUAAGUUUUUUGCAUAUCCAAGUAACAUCAGACCAAGAAUCAGUCAAUUCUUCAUUCUACCAUCCCAUCAGAGAAGAGGAAUUGGGAAGAUGCUAUAUGGAACAGUCAUGAACAAACUGAGAGAUAUGCCUGAAGUUGUAGAUGUUACAGUUGAGGAGCCAACAACAACAUUCCAAAGAAUGAGAGACUUGGAUGAUUGUUUAUCUAUUCAUCAUGCUCUGAAAGACACUAAAGUCUAUACCAUCACUAGCAGUCCUAAGAAAAUCUAUGAAGUCAUGAGAAAGUACAAAAUUUGCAAAAAGCAGUGCCAACGCAUCUAUGAUAUUCUAUUAGGCUCAGAGACCAGCAAAAAAAAUGAAGAAUAUAGAAAUUAUUUGAACAGUAUUAAAAAACGUAUUAGUGCAGAUGCAGAAAGGGAAUCUAGAGGAAGUAAAAGACUGUGUAAUGUAGAAGGGCUUACCCUGAAAAUGGAACAUACAGAUAAAAAUGGUUUGAUUGAGGCAGAGUAUAAGAAAUAUGUGGAUGACAUUGAGCAAUCUAUCAUAUCCUUCAAAAAAUAUAAAAAGUGAAGGAUGAAAAGAUUUUAUGAUCUGUUCGAAAUUCUUGUUAUUAAAAAAUGUUGAAAGUAAUACAAAUUGAAAUAAAAUUACAAUCAGGCCAGUAUGUUCUUGGAAACUCAGAAGAUUUUUUAGAGUAUGAUUUAAUUUGGGAUUUGUUUUUAUGAUUAGAAAUGUAAGUACCUAUAUGAUUUGUGCUGAUUUUUGUAAAGUUUUUUGAUGAAAACUUUUGAUGGAAAUAUCUUAACUUAACUGAUCCUACAAUUUUUCCAAAGGCAAAAAUUAAAAGGAUGAUUAUUGUC